ACUGACAGCGGCAACCAUGUCUCCACGCGACCCACAGACUAACGAAGGUCACACACGUGUGCACACGCAAUGCAUUGCUGUUACCCAUCAAGGACAUGUAGAAGACAACCACGUCCCGAAGAAGAGACUGACAUGUCCUCUACCUGUCACCUCAGUGUGGAGGAUUUUACACAGGGAUGCGUCUUUGACAUGAGGACAUGGUGUACUAUUCUCCGGGUCCCAGCCAGGAGGGGGCAGAUGACAAAGAGCAGAGAGAACACGUUAGACUCCAGAGCUAAUGGAAAAAACACAUUCAUUCGUGUGAGUGUGUGUGGUGUGUGUGGAUGCCCCGGGUGAAACUCACCAUCCCGCGGCAGCCUGUAAGCUGCUCGGCGGGCUAAGGGUCCGCACCUCUGCCAGGCCGCUCUGCAGGAAAACAUCGUUGAUCCGCUCAGAGCUGGGGAGAGAACUGCAGCUUCAGCUCGGCUGGAUGAAUAGCUGCGGUGUGUGUGUUCAGACACGUCAGAGGAAGAGGAGGGCUAGCACCACACCGGCCUAUCUGGGGCAGUAUUUUUAGACUACCGCCGUGCCGUGGGUAUGGAGGGUAGUUAAUGCCACAGGGCAGCAGCAACAUAGCAUGUAUGAGGAGUGGUUAACACCCUGGGAGAGACAAGGGUAAAGUACAUUUGUCAGACAUGAGCCCUUUUCAAACAUGUCCGGCUAAAGAUCUUAUUGACAUACACCAAACACCAAACACAUAACACAUACACAUAUUGACAUACACCAAACACAUAAUACAUACUCAUAUUGAUAUACCACAUAUAUUCCUUAUACCUUUUACUCAUAGUCAACACUUUAUAUCACACAUCCCAGCUCCCUGAUUCAGUUCGCACAGAGACAGUGAGUAGACCUUGGCCCACAAUCUCUCCCAGAUAGCACACUAACGCAGCUGCACUGAUACAGCAACAUUAUCACCUCUGGUAACCACGACAACGGAGUGCACGUACGACAUCUUCAUCAUGCGAUAUUCCAAGAGGAUAUAAUCUAUGUGCGCACUCUGUUUAAGCGUCUUUCUUCCUGUGCAGCCUCCUGCGUAGAACUAGAGACCCAUGCAUGUUCAGUUGCUGGACACCGCGUUUUCCUGACCUGUGACCUCUGAAUAAACUUGCUUAACUUCAACUUGAGAACGACGACUCCUCUCCUUUGAUUUCCACCCGCAACAAAUGGUAGCAGAGGAUGGUUUUAGACGAUUGAAAGAGCGGAGUGGAAAACAACCAGUCGGGGAGGAGGUCGUCUCUCGGACGGGAAAGAACCGCCCUGCGUGGCUUGUCUCUCCUCGGGAACCUGAUCAAACAGCUGUACUACUAAAAAAGGUAAGCAGAGCCUAUUUAAUUGAAAUCUGCAUAUUGUCGUGAUAGAAAAAACUAAAUUUUUGAUCAGUAGUACUGAGGGUGAGUACAAGUUACAUAUGCUAAAUUUAGAAUAGUAAUUAGAAAGGUCUGAAAACGCUGUGUAUUUAGCAAUUGUGUUUUUCUAUAUUUAAUAAAGAGAUACCGGCCGAGAGAAAGAGAUACCGGCAGCUUACACUGUAAAAUAUGACUAAAUGAGUUGGUGUAAGAGUAGCCGAGAGAAAGAGAUACCGGCAGCUUACACUGUAAAAUAUGACUAAAUGAGUUGGUGUAAGAGUAGCCGAGAGAAAGAGAUACCGGCAGCUUACACUGUAAAAUAUGUCUAAAUGAGUUGGUGUAAGAGUAGCUGAGAAGAAAAAAAAAGGAGUUAAAAUUCAGCCAGACCCAUGUUGUAAAAUAGCUCCACGACGGUGGUUGAUGUGGGGGUUGGCGUGACGACACACACUGUAAAACAAAGCACCUUAACGGGUUUGUGUGUGGGACUAUCGCUACGGAUUUAACUCACAGGCCCUCCAAAUCUCGCAAAAAAGGGAAUGGAAGGGCCUAACAAUUGGACUAUCAAAUAUUAUAAUUAGAAAAGUGACUGUGGGGGAGACUUCUGAGGAGCAGCCCUUUUGCGGUCUCUGCCCGUGUGUUAGCAUUCCUACACACUGAUAGCAAAGCGCACACACAUCCCCUCUCACUGACGGAGCAACACACACACAAUUUCAUAGACUGACUGAGAAAAAAAAAAAAAAAAAAAAUGGAGGAUUUUGGGGAAUAUGUGACCACACAAGUGAGAAAUAUGACCGCUCCUAAGGAGUGGAAGAGUAGGGAGGAAGUGUGGAGCAAGAUUUUGAUCGGGUGGCGGAAUAAAGGGUGGAUAUUGCCAGGGAACAUAGCCCCAACCCGGAAGGUGAUUGGAAGUAUGAGAGCCGCACUGCUCUUAGCAGUGGACGAGGCGGAAUCAGCAGAGAAAGCAGCUAAAUGCACUCUGUUCACCAACCACCAUGUUAAAACUAAAAUGGCUAAAUUGGAAUUGGAGAUAGGCUCACAGGCUCUGGAUGUUUGCUUGCGGGUUGUGUUCGGUAUGCCGAAAUUCGGAGAAGGGACUGAUGGCUUGGGAGUGAAUGUCAAAACUCCCAGUGGGGACAAGGAGCAACUGCAGGAAACAGCCAACGCCCUUGCAGUGCCAACCCCGGCCGCUGUGCCAUCCCUAUAUCCCCAAAUGCCCCCUCCUUACGGUGUCAACGCAGGUGUAAUACCUCUGUCUCCCCAGAAGAGGGAGACAAAGAGGGCUCCAACUGAACUUCCACCAAGUGCCUACACGAUGGCGCCAGUGCGCGUAGUAGAGGGAGGAGUGCUUCAUGGAGUCAUGCAGUUGACAGGAGGACAACUUACGGUGAAAGAUGAUUCACUUUCGGAGGCAACACAGAUCCUUACAGGAGCAGUAGAAACAGUCCAAGGUGAAAUCAGACUGCUGAGAGAGGAAAUGGCUGCAAUGACUGCUGCGGGGACAACUGAAGGAGACCAAGAUGGGCACGAGGGUCACAGAAGCAGAAGAGAGACACCAUCGUGCUCCGCCAGUGGAUCGGUGAAAAUGCAUCGCUCACCGUCACCAGAUGGGGCUAAAGGAGGGCCGGCCUCUGCCCACGCAUUUGAAGGGAGGAUCAGAGAGAGGAGGUCCAGCCUUGGAGACCACACUCCAUGGGGAAAGGGGGACACCUGGACAAGGUCAAAACAACAUCCCUCCAUGACACGCACCCUGCUGCCCUCAGAACGAUGGGACCUGUCUGGCCCACUUAAAAAGGGGGCGCCGGUUCUCCAUCACUCAGAUGACGAGUGGGAGAAAGAAACACAAGAUUGGGACAAGCACCAGUAUAGGUCGGGCCACUCAGAAGAGGAAGGCGAAAAGGGGGAGGAAAAAGAGGGAGUCCACGUAAUUAACGGCAUCUUACAUGGCAGUGCCACACCUAUGAGGACGAGAGGGCAUCAUGAAAGGAUGAGGGAGGCCCAGAAGAGGGAAGAAGCAAGACAGGAGGAGAGGCCUGCAUACUCGCUCCCCUUGAGACAGGCACCUGGACAGUCACCCGGCAUGUGUGAUUUCCACCCAUGGGGAUUUGCUGAUAUGACUGGCCUAAUUGAAGGAUUGCCCCCUCUCACGUCAGGAGCCACUCCCUGGAUUGAGGCGUUUGAAACCCUCACCAUGGGGAACAACCUGGCCGCUGGGGACCUCCGCCCGGUGCUAGCUCGCUGCACAGAUCCACAUCGUGCGGCCAAGCUGCUACAGGAAGGAGGAAUCACUGCAUCGGUCCCCAACCAUGCAUCCUUCAACCCCUACCAGAACCCCCUGUGGACCGCCCUGAGGCGCAAGUACCCAACCCCACUAAACAAAGGUGCUCUGAAGGCCUGUAAGUGGGAUGGGAAGGUGUCUCCUGCAGAGUUCGCCAAAGACACAGCAGGCCUGGAGGAAGGCCUACCUUGGACCCCACGACUCCUCAGACCUUACCCUAUCCAUGUGGAGAACAGCUACCGUUCAAGGACUUCCACAAUCAGUACAGGCCAAGUUGGAAUAUUGCGUGGGAUUGGAAGACAUGGUGGGAGCUGAAUGGCAGGCUCAAGUCACUCACCACAUGAACAAGCACACUGAAGCCCAAGACAAAUAUGAUGAUGAGAUGAAGGUGCUGCAGAGAAGGCUCAUGGUGGCUCAAGUCUCCGAACAUGAAGGCACCAAGGCUGAGAGGAAAGCAGCAGCGGCUGCCAAGGCAGUGAAACCGCCCACGGCUGCAGAAGUAGCGGACCUGGUGGUUAAGCAGAUGACAGCAAUACAGCCUCCUCCUGCGCCUCAGCCCCUGAUGCAGACUCCUCCCCUCUACUAUGGCCCACAACAACAGCAGCAGUAUGGGCAGUAUCAGCAACCACA